UGGUUAUCAACUGUACUGCAGGGAUGGAACGUAAGUCACAGAAAAUUGAGGUUGUGGUGGCAGCUGCAGAGAGGUAUUUGGAUGUGCAAGACUUGACAUCAGAAGUUACAGGGUGUGUUAAGUGGUGGUGUCCCAUCCUUUCAGGUUGUUGGCCUGAAGUAGUACUAACUAGAUUUAAAUAGUGGAAUAGGGUGGUGUUUUUUGUGAGUGUAGUGUUAGAUGGUAGGGUAUUUGUAAAAUAAUAAUAACAAUAAUAAUUAAGCAAAGUAUAAGGGAGUUGUACUCCAAUCUAGUAGGUUGCGGUAAUGAAACAAUUAUUGGAUGCCAACCGCCGUUAAACCUCAUCGAAGAAGAAAUGAGAAGGCGCACAUCACAGAAGAAGCGAACGAGACCAAAAAGACAACAUGAGAACAAGCGGACAUGAACGCUCAUAACGAAAAAAAAAAACUAGAUUAUGUGAUACAUGCAUUUGGAAUAUCGCGCAAAAACUUACAUUUGAAAUAAUCGAUUUAAUUCGAUAUAUCGCCCAGCCCUAUGGAUAGGGUCUAGUCGCGAAAGUGCAGACACGAAACAUCGGGAACCAUUUUGAGAAUUGUAAACAUUCGUCAUGGAUGCUUGGCAGUGCUCGUUUUAGCUCAAUUCUCAAUGGCAGUGGUGGGCUACUAGCUAGAAUAAUUAUAGAGAGACAGUGAAAUAAAGACUAAUUUAAAAUCCAAUACGUUUUUGGUAUAAUGAAAGUAUCAGCAUGGAUGCAAAGCAAAAGCUAGAAACGUGCUUGCUUAUCAUAGAGAUAAUCAUUUAGCGCGAGCCAACUUACUCCCCACAGAAUUUCCUCUUUGACCGACCUUUCUUUUUCUUUCCACAACAAUCAUUUGAAGUUAUGAUGUUGGCGUGUCAACUAUUUGUGAGUGUAGUGAGGAACUCAAGGACACUAUCACGACAUGUCACUACUUGGUCUCCGGUUGGAGCAGCAUUCAAUGCCCAGCAGAGGAAAGUUGAUUUGUUUCAGAAGAACGUGGGAUUAUUCGGGGUUCCAGGGUUAAGUACUCCGGCUGGUUUCGAGGUGGCUCAGCAACGAGCGCUCAGGGAAACAGAACAGCUGGUAGAAACAGCCUGUAAUAACCCACCAGGCGCCCUGACUGUGGAGACCUUCGAUCAACUUUCUGACAGCCUUUGCAAAGUGGCAGAUUUGGCAGAUUUUGUCAAAGUUGGCCAUCCAGACCCUGCCUUUCGGGAUGCUGCUGAGAAGGCAUGCAUAAACAUUGGCACAGUAGUAGAAAGGCUGAACACUAAUGUCGAACUGUGUAGGAGUCUCAAGAACCUACUAGAUAACAAAGAGGUUCUGGAUUCUUUGGACCCAGAUACAAGGAGAGUAGCAGAACUGUUCAUGUUUGAUUUUGAGAUCAGUGGCAUUCAUCUGGAUGAAUCAAAGAGAGGGAAGGCGGUGAGCCUCAAUGUCAACCUGCUGGAUCUGAACAAUGAAUUUCUAAAUGGCACCCACCUGCCCAAUAGGAUAGAGAAGACGGCCCUACCAGAACACAUCCGACACUGCUUCUCCAUAGACGGCAACUCCAUCCAGAUUGGAGGUCUCCAUGCAGAUUCUCCUGAUGAACUGGUGCGGGAGGCUGCUUAUAAAAUCUUUCUCUUCCCGAAUUCAAGUCUGCUGCUUUGUCUGGAUGACCUGUUGACUUGUAGGAAUGAGCUAGCCAAAUUAGUGGGCUAUGAAUCUUUUGCACACAGGGCUUUAAAUGGAACUAUGGCCAAGACUCCAGUAUGUUUUUGUUUUGCAGAGACUGUCAUGAAAUUCCUUGAAUUGCUGACAGACAAACUCUCGGACAGAACUGCCAAAGAUUUUAACCUGAUGAGGGAUAUGAAGAUGAAAAUGAACUCAAGAAGCACCGAACUCAUGCCAUGGGACCACUCCUACUUCAGCAGCGCUGUGCGGGCAGAGAGGUAUAAGAUCGAUCCCAGCCUGUACAGUCCUUACUUCUCCUUAGGGGCCUGCAUGGAGGGCCUCAACAUGCUGUUCAGCCAGCUGCUGGGAGUCUCCUUCCAGAAUGAACAGCCCAUGGCAGGAGAGGUGUGGAGUGAAGAAGUACGCAAGCUGGCUGUUGUCCAUGAGACCGAGGGUCUUCUGGGAUACAUCUACUGUGACUUCUUCCGAAGGCCUGACAAACCACACCAGGAUUGCCACUUCACCAUCCAAGGGGGGCGUCUUAAGGAGGAUGGGAAGUACCAACAUCCUGUGGUGGUGCUGAUGCUGAGCCUGCCCCCUCCCACACGUAGCACCCCAACACUGCUCAACCCCGGCAUGAUGGAGAACCUGUUCCACGAGAUGGGCCACGCCAUGCAUUCCAUGCUGGGACGCACGCGUUACCAACAUGUCACAGGUACUAGAUGCUCUACUGACUUUGCUGAAGUCCCCUCCAUCCUCAUGGAGUUCUUUGCCACAGACUAUCGGGUGGUAAAUCAGUUUGCACGGCACUAUCAGACCGGACAGCCCCUGCCCAAGAGCAUGGUCUCUCGCCUUUGUGAAUCCAAGAGAAUCUGUGGGGCUGCUGACACUCAGCUUCAGGUUUUUUAUGCUGCUUUGGAUCAAGUGUAUCAUGGCAAGCCACAAAAUCGGUCAACGACAGACAUUCUAAAAAAGAUGCAAGAGAAAUUCUAUGGACUACCUUACGUUCCAAAUACUGCCUGGCAGCUGAGAUUCAGCCACCUCAUUGGGUACGGUGCUAAGUACUACUCAUACCUCAUGUCGCGCGCCAUAGCCUCCAUGGUGUGGAGGCAGUGCUUUCAAAAAGACCCCUUCAACAGGGACAUGGGAGAGCGAUAUAGAAGGGAGAUGCUAGCUCAUGGAGGUAGUAAGGAGCCCAUGCUUAUGGUGCAAGGCAUGCUUCAGAGCUCCCCUACCAUUGAAGAAUUAGUGGACGCUCUAGUAGCUGACCUGGACACAGACUCUGUAACCUGCCGUGAUGAUUCCUCAUAAGCAGAUUGUACUUUUUUUUUUUAUCUACUGUGAAUUACCACUGGAAAUUAGGGGCAGGGCCCCUCCCCACUUACCUCAUCCUACGCUUGGCGAUGUUGAAUUUAAAAAUUGAUAAUAAUCUGCAGUGGCCUGAUGAGUAUGAGGGAAUGAAAAUAUGAAGUGUGUAUAAUAUUGUAUUUGACUUGUGAUGCAUCCUUGUCCCAUUGUGAAUUAUGAACCCUUAUAAAAUCCCCAUGUUGCCAGUGCCAACCCUA